AUGAAAGUAGCUGCUGCAAUAAGUUUAGUAUUUUUAGGAUGUUGUACAAAUGUUAUCUUCCUCGAAUUAUUAGUAAAAGAAGAUCCUGGUAGUGGAAACCUAAUAACAUUUUCACAAUUCCUUCUAAUAUCAUUAGAAGGUUUUAUAUUCACAUCAAAGUUUGGAACUGUAAGACCUCGAAUAGGCAUCAAGGAUUAUAUGAUAAUGGUUGUUAUGUUUUUUAUUACAAGUGUAUGCAAUAACUAUGCAUUUGACUUCAAUAUACCGAUGCCUCUCCACAUGAUAUUCAGAGCGGGUUCCUUAAUAGCUAACAUGAUAAUGGGUAUAAUUAUUCUAAAGAAGAAAUACGUAUUCAGCAAAUACCUCUCAGUAUUUAUGAUAACUAUGGGGAUAAUAAUAUGUACAAUAGUAAGUGGUAAUGAAGUUAAGUCAACCCAAAAAAUGGUUAAGGAUGCCAUUCCGCCCACACAAAUGGAAAUUUUAUUUUGGUGGAGUGUUGGAAUCGCAUUAUUAACUGUCGCACUGUUUAUUUCUGCUAGAAUGGGUUUGUACCAAGAAGAAUUAUACACUAAAUACGGUAAACACCCAUACGAAGCUCUGUAUUAUACUCAUUUACUACCUCUUCCAUUUUUCUUGACGCUAAGUUCAAAUAUAUGGGACCACGCACAACUGGCAUUAAAAUCAGACCCAUUAUUGAUCCCAAUUCUUGGAUUAUCUGCACCAAAGAGUAUUGUAUACCUCAUUGGGAAUGUUUUAACACAGUAUCCUUUUACAUACAUGUGCAUCAGCUCGGUGUUUGUGCUGACAACAGAAUGCUCAUCAUUGACAGUAACGCUAGUCGUGACACUACGUAAAUUUUUCUCAUUAUUAUUUUCAAUAUUAUACUUCCAAAAUUCAUUUAGCAUUUACCAUUGGAUUGGUACAUCCUUAGUCUUUUUAGGGACUAUUAUCUUUACUGAAGUUGUGCCAAAAAUACGUCAAAGUAUAAGCGGGCCUGAGACGAAAAAAGUGCAAUAA